UGGCAACCUCCGGUGCUAACACAGACUUAGUGCCUCGCCGCACCACUCACCACAUGCAGAGAAAUCAAAAUUAAUGGCGGCGUAUCUUUCCAUGCUCUUUCCAUGUUCUUGCUACAAACUUGUCUUCGUACGAUCUGUGCUGCGGCUGCUUACAGCUACGUAGUUAUCCACGUGAACUCGCAGACAAUUCAACGAUACAUUCUCUCAAGGAUACGCAACUUGCUGUGGUGGCGGUGGCGGUGGCGGUGGCGGUGGAGGUGGAGGUGGAGGUGGAGGUGGAGGUGGAGGUUGUCAUAGCAGUGGGAAGGAGGAGGGGGAGGAGGCUCUCAGGCCUUUGCAAAUAGCAGCGUUAUGGGGGUUGUGUAACUUGCAAUCAUAAUGGCGCUUAAUUCCGUCGAGGAGAGGAUGAUCUGCUAUUGCGAUCCGUUGGAGGCGACCAGCAGCACCUUGUCGAGCGUGUACGCUGGCGAGAAUCCCUUGAAAACGUCGAUCGUGUUGGUACUCCUCGCUCAGAUCUCCAUGUCCGUGUUGUUGAGCAGAGGGAUACAUAUUUUGCUACGUCCCCUUAAACAGCCUCUCCUCCUCUCGGAGGCCAUAGCUGGCAUCCUAUUGGGUCCAUCAUUCUUCGGCCGGAUCAAAAGUUUCCGUGACAUUUUUUUUCCUAGCUGGUCAAUCAUGACUUUGGGCGCAGUUGCUGACAUUGGUAUCAUCUUCUUGGUGUUCUUGGUCGGCGUCCACGUGGAUUCUUCCAACCUUAGAAAUUUUGCGCGGGCUAUUGGCUUGAUAGCACUAGCAGGCUUUCUUAUCCCAUUCGCCACCGCCGCUGUCACGUCUUUUAUGGUGUGGGAGGCGCUUGGCGUCGUUACAACAACACAGGGCGAGCUGUCCUUCCUGAUAGGCAUCUCGUUGAGCGUGUCCGCUUUCCCAUUCCUCUCCAAGAUUCUAGAAGAGAGGGAACUCCUUGCAACUACCAUGGGGCAACUAAUUCUCCCCGCCUCUGCACUGAUCGAUGUUGCAGCUCUCUGGGCCCUGUCCUGGACCAUCAUGUUCUUGAACAACAUAUUGCAGGUCAACGUCCUCCUAUUUACCUUGUCAUCGACUGUGUCUUUCAUCAUCUUCAAGCUGACCGUCGUCGGUCCCAUCAUCGAGGAAGUCGGCCAGCGCAGCAGGAGCCUCGACUCCGUUCCGGAUCUCUGGAUUGCCUUCACACUGGUGAGUGCCCUCGGUUCGUCCUUCAUCAGCAACUUGUUAGAUAUGCCUCCAAUGUUCGGGGCCUUUCUGUUUGGCCUUCUGGUACCGGAGGGGACACCUCUUGCCACUGCUGUGACAGACAAACUGGAGACCUUGAUUCUGCUCUUCGUCCCCCUAUUUUACCUCCGUAUCGGCCUGGACUUCGACAUCGACACCAUUAAUUCCGGCCCCAUCUUUGGCGUCUUUCUGUCCACGUUCAUUGUUACGAAUAUUUCCAAAGUAGUCAGCUGUGGGGGGGUGGCAAUGUACUUGGGUUUCGGUAAGAGAAGGUCCUUGGUACUGGGUGUGCUCAUGGCCUCCAGGGGGUUGAUGCAAUUGAUCGUUACUAACACCUGCUUCAAUGCACACCUGAUCAACCCGCGCACGUACUCGUGGCUGGUGCUGAUGGGAGUGGUUACCGACCUCUGCGUAUCGCCCAUCGUGGGGGAACUGUACAGCGAGAAGGAUAGGGUGGAGCAAGACUUGCGAUACCUGCGCAUAUAUGAGACAGUGACCACCGGAAAGAGGGACCCCUUGCUGGAUCCCUUCUCUCAUCUUCAUGUGCUACUGUGGUUCGACAGCUUGAAGGUAGCACCUUCAAUGGUCACUCUGAUGGAGAUGUGUAAGGGGAGUGACCUCAAGGGGAGCCAUCUCAAGGUGCAUAUAGCUUACCUCUUCAGUCUUUCGUCUGCUUGCGCCAAGCCUUCCCAGUUGAUGGCCAUCAACGCGGACGAUAUAAGGACCCGAAUGGUCAGAUGGAAACGCGUUCCUCUGAUUUACAAGGCCUUUGGAAGGACCAGCGAGGUGAAGCUUCAGCCUUCUCUGUCUAUCACUACCGAUGAUGACAUGCAUUGGGACAUUCUCUCGGUCGCCGAGCAUAAGCAUGCAGACGUUAUCUUCCUCCCUUAUCACACCUCGGGUUCUGGGUUGCCCGGCCUGCAAGCCGUGGACAUCAGCAAAUCCAACAAGGUAGUCCUUGACGUGCUUCGCAUCUGCCCGUGCAACGUUGCAGUAUCUAUCGCUCCCAUGCAGAAUGGGUCAGAAGAGGCCCUCAAAGCUGUUAGGGGCAUGUUAGGGGACCCUGAAGACGACAGCAUGCCUGCUAAGUACUCUGUCCUGGUCCUCUUCUUUGGGGGCCCUGAUGAUCGGGUUGCUUUGGGGCUAGCUGGGCGAUUCUUCCAACAUAAGAGGAUUGACGUCCAUGUGAUAAGAUUCUUGCCCCAGCAGGACACACCAGGGGCAGACGACUACUUCAAGGCAAGUGCCUCGUUGAGUGCCUUGAUGGAUUCAGAGAAGACGUCUCUGGAAAAGGAAAAGGCACUGCGGGAAAAGAGUGAAAAGAAUGAAGGGACGGAGGCGGCGUCCCCACGGCGGAGCUCAGAGAAAGUCCUGUCACUCCACAGAGCGGAGCUGCAUAUGGACCAAACGGCCUUGUCUUUUUGGUGUCUACACCGGUCUGACAACAGCCAAUCAGUGACAGACGAUACUCAGUCAUACAGGAAGAAACGAGGGAGAAUGAAGGUAGAGAUGCAGACAGUGCAUGACCCUCUGGCAGCUGCAGUCGUUGCAGCUUAUGAGAAGGACUACGACCUUGUGCUGGUGGGAAGGGGUCAUAUAAAGCCUCCUCCAAUCAUAGCCAAAGCUGCUGCCAAUCUUCGGGCUAGCAAUACACGUUUGAUCCUGGGAAAAGUGGCAUCCUCCCUGUUUUCCGCCGCUGCCAAGAUGACUACCGUACGUGAGCGACACAUUCUCGUUGUUCAGAAGGGGGAACCGAAGAAGUCUGGCCGCCGAAGCAAAACCAAAACCUUGUCCGUGAGCAGCUCCAGGGGUUCUCUGCUAGGGUCUAUUCUUGGCUCCAGACUUUCUGCAAUUUUAUCCCCAACGAAUCACUCGUCAUUGCCUGGAGUGAGUGAAGCCCCUGCAGCUCCCCCCCGAACGCAGCGCCGGUCAUUGGAUACAGUGAGCGAAGUCAUCCCUGAACAGUUUGCCAUGGUGUCAUCCCCAGGAUUAACUACUGGCACAGGAGGCAUUGAAGGUAGCUCCGCCCCUACUGAGCCUUCAGCUUCUAGCCCUACUAAUACUGAGGUAGAUCCCAUGCUGCUGGCCAUGCUGUGAGAGCACAUGUGCACCAUGGCAUUCUAGGAUGCACAUCCCUGCAAUUCCUGGCAAGUUAACUCAAAAGAGUUCUCGUCUUGCAUCAGUAUCUGGUCUCCUAGAGAAUGCAGAUGUUCAUUGGUUGGUUGAUUGACCAUUUUUGGUGUAUCAUGCCUGGAGUAAUGCGGAGAGUAUGCCUGAGCCCCGGAGCAGACACACUGUGUGUGGGAUUUUCCUGAAGUAUCUGAUGGUAGUUCCAACCGGCCUGUGUACCUCUGAUAGCAACAACCUUUGUUCUGUUCAAUUCAAAAGAGGUGUGACUGACUGAAGAGGCACAGUUCUCGCUGGUAAAUACCACUGCUGCAGGGUGCGGUGGUAGGUAGUAAUGGAGAGGGGGAGUUCCCUUGUUGGUUCUGGGCUCUGUCAGGAACGAGGGGCAGUCAAUCCCCCUUGUGAAGGGCAAUCAAUGCUGUCCCUCCUUGUUCAUCGGUUUCAAUGAUUUUGCUAAACCACCAGUGCGUUCCCAGCUAUUUUUCUCUGUCAUGGCUACUUGCAUGCCACAACUUUCAGGGGUCAGCUGCUGGAGCAAAAUGGCUGGCGGCCCGCACUGGUUCAUUUUGUUCAGCACGCAGGGAGAUCCGAGCCCCAGGAAAAGUGCUCGGAAGUACUGGCGGUUUAACGAGUGCUUUUGUUUCUCCUUGGAGUUGAUUGUUUCAGUGAAGGCAGGUGACGAGGUGGUGAGAGGCUGGAUCUGAUUUCUUGCUUAGCCGGAGCUGGGUAAUGGCUCCAGCAACUUUACCGCGUCGAAUUGCAUUUCUGAGGUCCCGGUCUUUUGUGGAAGUGCUGAAAUAAAUCUGUGUUUUCCCCCAAAAAGGGGAAGACAGGGCUGAGGGGAAAGUACGUACAGUAAAGAGGAAACAUAUACAUGCAAGGGGUCAGCACACAUGUUAGCAUCAUACCUUUAAUCAUUUUGUUGCAAACGGCACCACUCCCUUUUUGUGACUGCCCUCUUGACCUGGGUCAGUUUCUGUAGAUGGAAUGAAAAACUGUAGGUGUC